AAUCAGUCAAGGUUCUCAGACUUGGGCUAUGACAUGAGCAGCUUCCCCUUCUGUGAUAAGUCAUUGCCUUUCCCUGUUCGAGCUAAGGACUUGAUAGACCGGAUGACACUGGAUGAGAAGGUGGCUCAGCUGGGCAAUACUGCUCAAGGUGUGCAGAGACUAGGCCUGCCCAUGUAUGAAUGGUGGUCCGAGGCUCUGCAUGGCGUGUCGAACGUCGGUCCGGGGACUCGGUUCGACAAUCAAACAGUGCCUGGUGCCACUAGCUUCCCCAAUGUCAUUCUCACUGCUGCUGCCUUCAAUGAAACCUUGUGGAAAGUCAUUGGUCAGGCUGUUUCCACCGAGGCUAGAGCCAUGCAUAAUGUGGGUUUAGCCGGCCUGACCUACUGGAGCCCAAACAUCAACGUUGUUAGGGACCCUCGUUGGGGACGGACGCUUGAGACACCUGGUGAAGAUCCAUUUGUGGUGGGUCGCUAUGCCGUUAACUAUGUCAGAGGCUUGCAAGAUGUUGAGGGGGCAGAGCAGACUGAGGAUCCCAAUUCUAGGCCACUCAAAGUUUCAGCAUGCUGCAAGCACUAUGCUGCAUAUGACGUUGAUAAUUGGAUGGGUGUUGAUCGCUACCACUUUGAUGCUAGGGUGACUGAGCAAGAUAUGGUAGAGACCUUCCAACGCCCAUUUGAGAUGUGUGUGAAGGACGGAGACGUUAGCAGUGUGAUGUGCUCCUACAACAGAAUUAAUGGCAUCCCAGCAUGUGCUGACCCGAAGCUUCUCUCUCAGACUAUUAGGGGUGAAUGGGAUCUUCAUGGAUACAUCGUCUCUGAUUGUGAUUCAAUAGAGGUCAUGCUCCAUGGCCACAAGUUCCUCCAAGAUACAGAGGAGGAUGCCAUUGCCCAAGCUCUUGCCGCAGGUCUUGACCUUGAUUGUGGAUCAUACUACCCAAAAUUUGGCAAGUCUACGGUGUUGAAGGGCAGAACAAGGGAAUCAAUCAUAGACAAGUCACUGAUGAAUCUAUAUGUGGUUUUGAUGAGGCUUGGCUUCUUUGAUGGCAACCCUCUGUACAAUUCACUUGGCAUGGCUGAUGUCUGCAGCAAUGAGCACAUUGAGUUGGCAAGAGAAGCAGCUAGGGAGGGCAUAGUCCUACUCAAGAACAACAACACAUUGCCUCUGAUUUCUAGCAAGAUCAGGAGCCUGGCCGUUGUUGGUCCACAUGCCAACGCCACAACAGUUAUGAUCGGCAACUAUGCCGGCAUCCCCUGCGGAUACUCAUCUCCUUUAGAUGCCUUAUCCAGAUACGGUAAGGUUCGGUAUGCAACAGGAUGCGCUGAUGUUAUCUGCAGAAACGAGAGCCUCAUCUUCCCGGCCAUGAUGGCAGCCAAGCACUCUGAUGCAACACUCAUUUUUGCUGGUUUGGACCUCACUGUUGAAGCUGAGAGCCUGGACAGAAUUGACCUCCUCCUUCCAGGAUAUCAAACCCAGAUGAUCAAUCAGGUUGCAGAAGAAGCCAAGGGCCCUGUGAUCUUGGUAAUCCUUUCUGCAGGAGGUGUUGAUAUCACUUUUGCUAAGGAUAAUCCUAAGAUCUCUGCCAUUCUCUGGGCUGGAUAUCCUGGUGAACAAGGUGGCAGUGCUAUUGCUGAUGUUGUCUUCGGACACUACAAUCCAGGCGGUCGAUUGCCGGUAACAUGGUACAAUGCUGAUUAUGUUGACCUGCUUCCAAUGACAUCUUUGAAAUUGAGGCCGGUCGAUGAGCUCGGUUAUCCAGGAAGAACUUACAAGUUCUUCAAUGGCUCCACUGUAUAUCCAUUUGGGUAUGGUCUUAGCUACACCACAUUCAACUACACCAUCCUUUCUGCAACGAGAGUCCUGAAAGUUGCAAUGGAGCCACACCAGCAAUGCAGAACAGUGAGUUAUGAUCCGGACGUAGCAGUCCCACCCUGUCCUGCUGUACUCGUCGACGAGUCGAGUUGCAAAGAAGAAAUCGACAUCCAAGUGCAGGUGGAGAACUCUGGCCAAAGAGAUGGAACUAUUGUGGUGCUGGUCUACUCUGUGCCUCCUAAGGAGAUCUUGGAUACUUACAUCAAGCAAUUGGUUGGAUUCCAGAGAGUUUUUGUCCCUGCCGCUAGCAGCAAGACUGCCAAGUUCAGUCUUAACGCCUGCCGCAGUCUGGGGAUCGUUGAUGGCCAUGCAAACAGAAUUUUGCCGUCGGGACAACAUACUAUCAUCAUUGGCAAUGAUGAUGAAUCUGUGUCUUUCCCUCUUAAUCUCACAUUCCAUUACUAAGUUCAGUUCCACAGUAACUGUAGAAUAGAUUUAGGUUUAGAGCAUUCAACCAGCUUGUUGAAUUCCGUCUUUAUGUUUGGGGUCAAC